GUAUAUAGGGGCUUACACUGACGAUCCCAUUCCGGGAAACGUGACGUUGCCUCCCGGGACACCUUUCAAACACGACCACCAUGGUCAAGACUCAGCCACAGGCAUCCUCUUCGCUUCCAAAGCCAUCGUCCAGCUCAUGAUCAACCCGUUCUCCGGAGCCCUCAUCGACCGCAUCGGCUACGACAUCCCCAUGAUGAUCGGCCUGUGCAUCAUGUUCCUGUCCACGGCCGUCUUCGCCUGCGGCCGCAGCUACGGAGUCCUCUUCUUCGCGCGCAGCCUCCAAGGAGUCGGCUCGGCCUUCGCGGACACCUCCGGCCUGGCCAUGAUCGCCGACCGCUUCACAGAAGAAACAGAGCGCUCCAAAGCGCUGGGCAUAGCUCUGGCCUUUAUCAGUUUCGGCUGCCUGGUAGCCCCACCCUUCGGAGGAGCGCUCUACCAGUUCGCGGGCAAGGAAAUGCCCUUUUUGAUCCUGGCUUUCGUGUCUCUACUCGAUGGGUUCAUGCUCUUGAUCGUGAUGAAGCCGUUGAAGGCUCAGUUGAAAGACGCGCAGGUCAGCAAGCCUCCGUCGGUUCCUAUUUGGAGAUUGUUCAUGGAUCCGUACAUUGCUGUUUGUUCCGGAGCUCUAAUGAUGGCGAACGUAGCUCUGGCGUUCUUGGAACCAACCAUAUCUCUUUGGAUGGAAGACAACCUUACGACGGACAACUGGAAGAUCGGAAUGGUAUGGUUACCGGCGUUUUUUCCUCAUGUUUUAGGUGUAAUUAUUACGGUAAAGAUCGCAAAAAAGUAUCCUCACCAUCAGUGGCUUAUGGCUGCAGUAGGACUAGCCUUGGAAGGACUAUGCUGUUUUAUAAUACCGUUCUCUACAAGCUAUGUGGUCUUGAUGAUACCGCUUUGCGGAAUAUGCUUUGGAAUCGCCUUGAUAGACACUGCAUUACUUCCAACCUUAGGAUACCUAGUAGACGUACGAUAUGUCUCAGUUUACGGAAGCAUCUACGCUAUAGCCGACAUCUCCUAUUCCGUAGCAUACGCAAUAGGUCCUAUUAUAGCGGGAGAAGUCGUAGAAGCUAUAGGCUUCACAGCAUUGAACGUAGGGAUAGCUCUUUCAAACCUAGCAUACGUACCCUUACUCUCCUACCUAAAACACAUCUACGACUUCAAGCCCUUCGAAAACGAAGCCAAUAUCUUGAUGUCAGACCCACCAAACAAGGAGUACCAAACUUACUCAAUGCAAGAACAAAAAACCGUAGAAGAAAACGUACAAAACCACCUGGAAUACCGUCAGCAAGAAACCAAGUUCGACGAUUACGAGCCACAAAGCUACCAGUACCCGGAGCAGAAUCAGUCGUACCAGAACCAAACGUACCAAGGACCUCAAGUUCCUCCUAGACCUGUCCAAGGUCAAGGGAGGGUAUUACCUCAGCAACCAGCGAAUCCUUUCAGGCCGCAAGGGCCACCUACAAUGUCCACGGGAGGCAACCCCUUCAGGCAGGGUAUGUAGAUUAAGAGAAUUCGUACUUAGGAGUGAACUAGCUAAAAGAAAAUGAAUGUAGUUAUAUGAAAAUUUAAAG